AGGGACGGGGAGCUGCGACAAACUGCCCAGUACGAUCUAUCUGCAGCGCUGACACUCAAACCUUUGGGUUGCAAGCCGCCCUGGGGAGGAGAGCAGGAUCUCGUGGACCUUCACAUGCGUCUGGCUGCAGUUAGAGCUGCGGCCGCCAGGGGGCGCAGCUCCGCGCCCCUGUUCUCCUUGCGCAGUAACCCGGCGAGUCGGGCACCGGAUCGCUUUCAUAAGAAGAUGACGGAGAGCACCUGCGCUCGGCGUCGCGUCUGAUGGGGACCUUGGACUCACCGCUGAGCGGGACGCCACGGGAUCGCGCGCGCGCGCCAAAGGAUGCACGGAUGGAAUGAGCACGAAUCGGGGAUGAAUCGGUGACGGGAGAGGAUGAGAGGAUGAGAGGAUGAGAGAGGCGCUCUUCUGCAUCCUUCUCCUGCAGCAUCUCGGCAGCCUCCACCUCCUCCUCCUCCUCCUCCACCUCCUCCUCCUCCUCCCCAUGUUCUCCUCGGCUCUUUGUCCACAAACGCGAUGAUCAGAUGUCUCCGUCGGGACACGGACUGACACUCAAAUGGCGACCGCUCUGAGCUGCGCGCUCCCUAAUCGGUGCGGCGUGGACAGCGGCGAGGCGCGCCCCCGCCGCCUGGUGCGCGCCCGCGCGCGGACAGGUGUGAGGCGCGCGGGAUGCUCUCGGGGGAAGGCGAAGGGAGCCGGCAGGGGGAUCAUGUCCAGAUGCGCGCUGUCGGCGGGGAUCGUGGUGCUGAUGCUGCAGUGGACCCUGGCGACGGGGGACGGGUCCUACGAGGGGUCGGCCUUCACGUCCCUUCCCCAGCAUCUGCCGUCGGCCCCGGGUUCUUCUCAGCCGCCGACCCCGGUGGUGCCGGAUGAGGAGGUCCCGCUCGGCGACGUCCGCACCCACCCGCCUUGGGCAUCGGAGGAUGCCAGAGAGCAGCCUGCCUUCUCCUCCAUAUUGACCCUGGUGGUGGGGCCCGGCGAAGGAAGCCCGUCUGUGGUGGACUCGGCGCUCUUUUCUGGGGUCUCCGGCAAAGACAAGGGGAACCAGACAAACCGAUGGCCUUCGGAGGGAUCGUCCAGAGACAGCGAGCAGUUAGUCAUCGCUGCAGAGACCAGCAUCAUUCCCUCCAGCUCAGAGGGAACCACCGUGGCUGCUUUAACUGCAGCUGCUACACCUUCUCUUUCCUCCACCGGAGAAGCAGCCGUUGCCGUCGCGGAGCGCGGUCCUGCUCUGGUGAGCACCGGCACACCCAAACCCGUGGAGACCACCACCGCUGCCACAGCCACGCAGCCCACCCCUCGCGCUGACACCGACAGCCCCCUUGAACUCACCACCACAACCACUGCUGCUGCCAUUGCGACACACACGGAGCUCACCAGGACUGCUGCCCCUUCCGCCGACACCUUGACGCGGUCAACCGGUCUGGAGGGGACCACAGCAGCCGCUACGGAAGCGACGGCCUUCGAGGAAAUAACGACCGCAACCCCCGAGAUGACGUCAACCCUUGUGAGCUCCAGCAUUGCCGGCCAGACCACGGCAAACGCCACGUCCCUGAGGACGACCGUGAGCCUCUACAACGCCACGACCGAGACGCCUGUGCUGCAGUGCAGGGUCACCGAGGAGAUGUGGGUGAAAACAGUGCUGUCCGUCCACGUGAGAGGGAAGCGACUGGACGGAGCCCUGAGACAGAACGUCCCACGCGGGCUGAGCCAGGCACUGCAGAAGGCUUUCAACCUCAGCAGCGUCCACGUGCAGGUGGAGAACGUGACUGGAACGUGGAACGUGACCGUAGCCUACUACGUGGUCAGCGGCUCCGUGGUCUACGCUGCGCCCGCUGUCGUGAUGGCCCUCACCGCGUAUGGCAGCGACCGGCUGCUCGAUGAUGUCAAGCAGUUCGUGCCCCUGGUGCAGUCCAUCCCUCUCCCUGUCGCCCCCUGGUGGCCCACCCCUGACAUCUCCCUACAGGUCAAAACAGUCCUCAGGUUUGUGGGUCCGGGAGAUGACAUCGCCUCCUGUGCUUUUACCCAAAGUAUGGAGCAGAGGCUGGAGAGUGCUUUUGCAGAGGCCCAAGCCAAAGUGCUCAACAGCUCCACCAGGCUGUCUGUUCAGGUGCUGGGUGCCUCCCAGUCGCGGGGCUCGCAGGCCACCUCUCUCAUCUAUGUGGUGCGGAACGGGAGCAGCAGCCUUAACGGCACCGUGUCCAGCAACCUUCUGAACCAGCUGAGCGCCGAGCUGGUGGGAUACUUCCUCUUCUACCCACCCCUGAGCAUCGCCGAACCCUUGGUGUACCACAAUCUGAACACCUCCAUAGCAACCAGGGACUACUGGGUGAUUACAGUACUCCAGUACGUGGACAACUCCUCCCUGGAAGGCAGCUAUAAGAGCUUUGCCCGUCUCAUGGAGCAGCGGUUGGCAGAGCUCUUUGUCGUUGCCCACCAACAGGGGGCCCGUUUCCGGAGGGCCACCACUGUGGAUGGAUACACCGUCCAGAUGGUCAGCAUGAGGAGAGUCCCAGGUCCCAAGAACCCAGCUGAGAUGACCUACUACGUCCAACACCAUGGCAGCCCCCUUCCUGGCCAUUCCGCUGCUAAGAUCCUGAACACGGUGGACUCCCAGACCAUGGCGCUCACACUCGGCUACUUCGUACAGGUCCAAGCUGAGCCUGUGGUGAAAAGGCCUCCCAGCAACCUGUGGAUCAUCCCUGCGGUGUUGGCACCCAUCGGUGUGGUUACGGUCAUCGUGAUCAUCAUCACGGCUGUUCUGUGCCGGAGGAACAAGGCAGACUUCAAGGCUGACCUCAACCACCGGUCCAAGACGUCGUACCGGAGGGAGGCCAGCUUCUACCACCAGCCUGUGCAAGGGUUCGACUAUGCCAAGCAGCACCUGGGACAGCAGGGCGGUGACGAGGAUACCCUCCCCGCCAAGCAGGAGACCGUGGUCCUGCCCCUUCCCAUCCGCGAUGGGCCGCUGUCCCACCAGAAUGGGACUGGAUCCAAGAAGACCUUGUCCAGCGAGGUCCAUAGAAGGCUGCCCAGCGAGGACGGCUCGGUAAUCAGCAGCGAAUCCGGGAAACCUGCUUCCUGCAGAGGCUCCUCAGUGCAGAGGGUCCCGGCGCAGCAGAAGACCCCCCGCGAGGAGGCGUCCAAGAGGAGCGAUCCCUACGACUCUUCCUCCGGCUCCAUGCAUCUCGUCCCUGUCCAGCCCGCAGCAGCCCCGCCCAACUGCUCGCACCCAGCCUCCUUGGACCGCAGCCACGAUUCGACCGCCCUCAAUGGGGAGGUCAACAUGGCCCUGAAACAGAAGUCCGACAUCGAGCGCUACAGGAACAAGUUGCGGCUGAAGGCCAAGCAGAGGGGCCACUGCGAUCUUGCCGCCUCCGACAGCAGCGGUCGCUCCAGGUCCCAAGGUCUCAGCCAUCAGAGGGCGCCACUGGACCCCAGCCAGGCCUCCACUUAUGUCAAGUCCAGCACAAGGUGCUCCCAGUUGAGGAACCCAGCGUACCGGAGCCGCCAGUCACUCAGCAGCCCGAGUCCGGGAGGAACCGAGAUGGACCUGCUGGUCAUGGGGGACCGAGCCGGGAGGGGGAUCCGCAACACCGGCUACGAUACGGAGCCGGAGCUGAUCGAGGAGACCAACAUCGACCACCUGAUGGGACUGAUGGGCUACGCUGGGGGGCUUCCGGUCAAAGGUCACUCGGAGUCGUCCACCCUGAGUUCCCAGCCCUCCAUCGAUGAGGUGCGGCAGCAGAUGCACCUGCUCCUGGAUGAGGCCUUCACCCUGGCCUCGUCCGGCCGCUCGUCAGGCGGCGGCCGGCCCCUUGGCCCCUGCAGGCCCCCGAGCCCGGGCUCAGAGGCGGUCACCAGCGCCCCGGGGUCCAUGGCGCGGCCUUGUGGCGAGCUGCACUGGACCCCGCCCUACGGGCUCGACCUGUUCCCCUGCAGCUUGCCCCAGCCUGCCUUCCGCUUCACCCAGCUCCCUGAUAUGGCAGUGGCCGCGCCUCCGCCCCCAGUUCCCCCGCGCACUGGACCCCUCCCUGGGACCUCGCUGAGACGUUCAACAUCCGACAUCGCCCCGAAGGCACGGUCCUUGGAGUGCUCCAUGCCUGACAUGCACAACGUGUAUGACAGCGUUUGUGUGCCCGUCACCAGAUCACCCCUCCCUGGCGCCACAGUAGACCAGCAUUUGCCAAAUUACUCAGGAAAUCCAAUCACAGCAGUUUACGCCAUACCAGCCACUCGGGCCUGUUGCUCGGGGUAUUCGGCGGCCACACCCCCCACCUCCUACAGGAGCCCAUCGUGGAUGUCCUACCCUCCGGAGCCUGAGGACCUUCCCCGCCAGUGGGCUGGCUCGAACCAGUGUCAUUUAGAGACCAUCUGCUGAGGUCCCCGCUGGUUCUCAGUGGACAAAGCAAAUCACCAGGGAACCUUAUGAAGAUGCGCGGAGGCCCAGUAUCCCCAUCCGCCCCCUUGCAGACAGGCUGCCCACUGCACUCCUGGUUGAGGUCAUUCACCCGGGGUGGACCAAGCUCACCACAAAGCAAACAGACACGUCUCAGAUGUAGCUCUCCAGCCUCUGUUGGAGAUAUCAGGCCUGAGGUCUGCGGGACCGCCAGCUCUAGUCACGGUCAUGAGUGCAAGUGCCCAGAAGGAAGGAACCUGCAAGUGUUUUAGUUCUGUGUGGUUUUUACGCGACGGUCUUUAAUAUUCUCAGCUGCGAGGCUCUCAGCCUCAUAAUUCAGCACAAUCAUCUGGAUGGAGGGAUGCAGGAACUUGUGGAACAGUUGGUGUUUAACAGUAGAAAAGUUCCUCUUUACCAUUUUUUCCUGUCGAACAGAGUUUGUUCUGUAGCCUUUUUGGAUACGUGGUUAUUAUUAUUACUGUUCUUGUUUAUUUAGCGGAAAUCCGUCCAAAGCCAUUACAGUGUCUGGUCCUGAAUUACACGAUAACGAUACGAGAUGAAAUAUAGUAUUAUAGUUAAUAUCUUUACCUGAAAGCUCUCACCGAAGACCAGACUCUCUGUGAUGUGAUUGGUUAGAACUGUCAAACCAAUUAUCAGGAUUAUUUACAUUUUUCACAACAUUAUCUGCCUCGUUUCUUUAUAGCUGGUGUGUUCUGGAGUUCUGUGUGUCUUUAAUACCGUGGUCAUUCCUACACGGUUGGGCUUUGGGAGAAUGUGACAGGAGCAGCGAGGGGGGGUUCCGUGUGAACGAGUCGUGCUUCGCCGUGUCACAAGCGUGCGUUUCGCGUGCGGUGAGCCUCUGUGUGUGUCUGCUCAGUGAAGUCAGUCUGCGGGGGGUGUGGAGGCCGGUGUCACUCGGUCACUCGUUUGCUCCUUUUAUUGAUCUCAAACAGGCACAAGUCUCAAAAAAGUUUUUUCUUAUUUGUGCGCUGUGACGUGGAAAGCUAACCUCUGUUCUUAUUCGUUAUUUUGUAUUGGAUAUUAAUCCUAUGUUUCGCAAAGCUUUGCCUGAGAUCUCUACGAGGAUCGGCUUCGAUACGCCAACCAUCUACAAACCAGAUCAGGUAAAAUGCUCAGUUGUGCAAUGAAUUACAAACGCAUAUUUUAAUACGCGCGGGGACUGAAAAGUCGUGUGCCGAGCUGAAACAUCUGGAAAGGGGAUUUUUAUAAACCAAAAGAGCGGCUUCUGAAAGGCCUUGGCGUGUUUCCGGCACGUUCCGCCGGCGUGCGGAAGGUUCUGCUUGCGGCAGCGGAUCUCGAAGAGCCCACACAGGCCUGCCAGGGAUUUUAUCACAAUGUACAACGCUAUUAAUGUACAAAGGCCUUUAUAUACCAUCACUGUAAAUUACUCUGUCUCCUUAAAAUACAUAUUUUCAAGUGACUGGCAUGUCUUUUUAAGAACAAUAAUGCUUUUGAUGCAUGCGAUCCUGAACUCGUUGACCUAAGGGCUUUUUGUAAGUGUGCUAUAGUAUGCUUUCGACAGGCUACGUCACCCAUAACUGCAGAGCUCCACGGCGAUGCUCCACUUUGAUUUACAUCAUAGCCAACUGUGAACGUUUCUUUGUGGAAGUUUCUUUUAUCGUAAACAAUCGUACUGUGACUCGUAAAUUAAUCUACUGAAAUGCACUUUAUCUUCGGUCAGAGAUAACGGGGGAGAGUGAGGAGCUCCGGGUUUGUGACAGAGGAACAGAGGGAGGUCUGCAGGGACUGAGAUGAGACAGAGGAUUCUGGGAUGAGUGAGGGAUUGAGAAUAGUUGUGAUGAAUGAACGGCAGCAGGAAGGAGGGAGUGCUGGGAUGAAUGAGUGAGGGGGAAGGAUGGGAUAUUGGGGUGAAUGAGUGAAGGAGGGAAGGAUGGCAAUGGUUGGAUGAACAAGUGAGGGGAAGAAUGAAGGGAUGUUGGAAUGAAUGAGUGAGGAAAGGAAAGUGGGGAUGUUGAGAUGAAUGAGUGAAAGAGCAAAGGAUGGGAAUGUUGGGUUGAACAAGUAAGGGAAGGAAUGAGAGGAUGUUGGAAUGAGUUAGUGAAGGAGGGGAGGAUGGGAAUGGCUGUACGAGCAGGUGAAGGAAGGAAUGAAGGGUUGUUGGGAUGAGUGAGUGAGGGAAGGAAUGUGGGGCUGUUAAGAUGAAUGAGUGAAAGAGCAAAGGAUGGGAAUGUUGGGUUGAAAAAGUGAGGGACGGAAUGAAGGGAUGUUGGGAUGAAUGAGUGAGGGAAGGCAGGGGGUGGAAGGAGUGCUGUAGGAAGCCACACAGCUCUCGUCGGACCUCCUGGAGAGCUCCAGGAUUUCCUAGAAACAGCUCAAUGCGCAAAUUCAAUGCAAGUGUGAAUUUAUUACGACCAUCUUUAGCUAAACUGGAACCCGCUUAAAGUUACACAUCAUAACGGUCCAUAACGGAAGAGCCCCGCAGUGAUUCGCCGGCUGUGCUCCGCCGGGGGCCGAGCAGCUUGUGUUAGUCAUAGUGCGCCAUUUGUGAGGGAAUAACGGACACAUUCAUCCCACUGCACCGUGGCGCUACCUUUUCGGGACCCAAUCAGAGGACAGAAUCGCUCCGCUGUCAGUAGCAAACGAUUUUCCUUAUCGGUCCACUUCGAUGUCGGUUCCGUUUUUCGAAGAUCCUGCAACGGUCGCUGUGGACGUGCACACACGCUCUGUGUCUGCAGGGGGCGCCACUGAGGCAGGGCUCCUUGUGAACCUGUAACGACAUUGUGGUCAAAGUGCUCUCACUCUCAGACAACCAGCCAAAGGACGCCUGUCCCCCUCACACGUCACACGUCCACGCAAAGCUGUCUCUGAUGCAUCAGUGUUUUUACUGGAUUGUUGUACAGUAGUUGUGUUUUCCGUGGGGGGAGGAUCCUGCCCCCACAAGUGUGAAUAUGUGUAAAUGACAAAUAUGGAUUUACUUGAAAUUAGCUAAGUGUUGCGAUACUUGUUGGUUUCUAGCAUGAUCGUUCUUUUAGCUGACCUAUCGAACCCUCCAUCCAUGUUUAAAUAAAUACAGCCAUGGUAUGUACUGUAAAACGAGACCUCAUUGUUUUAUAGGUGUGGACCAGUUUCAUUUGUGCAAAUGAAUUACUUCACUGUUGAGUUCAAUGUUUUAAAAUAAAUCUGUAGAAAUCGGUGUCACGUUUCAUAUGAAUCACCGAGCAGAUGCCCGCUGUCAGGGCUGGCGUUGCCGUAGCAACGUCAGGGUGUCGGUGUGGUCAUCCUGCCAAUCAGACACACACACGCACACACACACACUUCUAUUCGGUUUAUCAGGUCUGAAGAAUGGUUGUCAGGUGUGUUUAGCAACGAAAACAUUUACACA